GUGAAAGAAGAACAUCUCGAGAGACUAGAGUCGCCGUCAACAUUAUCCCCAAUUCGAGACAGAGAGAGAUGAACGGAGUUCAGGCAAUGAAGAGGGUUCCUCGCAUCAAGUUUCCACAGCGACACCCGAAGCCUUCAGAUUUUUCUUCAGCAGGUUCCGAGGGCAAGAAUCAGGCAGUGUCGGCAGCAAAUGAAGCGGAUACAUUUUUCUUCUCGAAUUUGAAUGCUUCGAAGAUUGUUAGUGGAAAAGCUUCAUUGCAGCCAAAGCGUACGCCUGUUUCUAAUGAAGAAAUCGAGGCAAUAUUGUUGGGUGGCUGCUUCUGAUUCUGUGAUGGAGUUUCGACUCUAGGAGAAAUGAAGACAUCUUCAAAUUCGCUUGAUUUACUAAAUAUACUUAAAACUCGAUUUCUAUAGAAGCUGAUAUGUUCAUUGCAUACAGAAAAGAUGGAAUUCAAACUGUUUCCUUUGUUAACGUACACUGCAGACUAUGCUUAUAGAUGCUUUGUGGUUGGAAUC